AUGGUAACAUAUGUAGGAAGAGAAGCUCCAUUUUUCAAAGCUGAGGCAGUUUUUGGUGAUAACACAUUUGGAGAAGUAAGUUUAACAGAUUUUAUCGGAAAAAAAUAUGUACUGUUAUAUUUUUAUCCCCUUGAUUUCACUUUUGUUUGCCCAUCAGAAAUUAUAGCAUUAGAUAAAGCCUUAGAUUCAUUUCAAGAAAGAAACGUAGAAUUGUUGGGAUGUAGUGUAGAUAGCAAAUACACACACCUUGCAUGGAAAAAAACCCCACUUGCAAAAGGUGGUAUUGGUAAUAUAAAACAUACCUUAUUAUCUGAUAUCACAAAAAGCAUUUCAAGAGACUAUAAUGUUUUGUUUGAUGAUAGUGUAUCUUUAAGAGCUUUUGUUCUUAUCGAUAUGAAUGGAAUCGUCCAACAUCUUCUUGUUAAUAACUUGGCAAUAGGCCGUUCGGUUAAUGAAAUUUUGCGAAUAAUAGAUGCUAUACAGCAUCAUGAAAAACAUGGUGAUGUAUGCCCAGCAAAUUGGCAAAAGGGUAAAGCUGCCAUGAAGGCAUCAGAAGAGGGUGUUGCACAAUAUUUGUCAACAUUAUAA